GUAAAUUGAAGUUAAGCCAAGAAAUAAUAUAUGUAGAUUAAACCCGUUGCCAAGAUGUUACUUGAAACCUAUGAGAAAAACAGAAAACGCUCAAUAAAAAUUCUCAAAAAAAUAAAAUUUAAGCGUAAGACAUUUGGUAACAGAAAUUAGAAAAAUUCCAAUAGAGGUAGGACAAUGCCACCCGCUAAAAGACUCCGGGCUUCGACGCGAGAGUGGUGCAAUCGGAACUCGAAACCCAAGUCUCCGAUACGCACUACCGCUGUCCAGUCGGAACCUACGCGCUGGCAGAAGCCGGGACCCAUGGGCCGGAAUGAGUGGGCCAACUUCCAUAGUUGUUACCAAGUAGAUGCAACUGCGUUGCGUAACGAAAUUGAGAGAUUGCAUGCUGGCAAGCAGGAAAAAGGCAGAAAAGAAAAAAGUAACAAGGCGACUUCCGAGGACUAUAAUUAUCUGAAGGAGAACCAACAGCGACUGAGCAGGCCGCGCUGGCAGCGUGAAAAGUAUGUUCCACGGCCACCGGAGGAGUUUGCCUAUCGACCGCACAUCACCGGUAGGUCCACUCCACGUCCGGAACGUGGUAGACCCGUGAAAAAGCCAACGGUUCCGUGCUGCUUCCAGCACGAAGAUCUCGAGACCGAGUUUUGGGCCAACAUGCGAUUCCCUGUCUCGCGAAAGGCACUUAGAGCCUGCGCCAGCAAAAAGAUCUGUGAACUGUCCAAGCCACGCCAAUUUCCCCGGAAAACCCACUGUUCGGUGCCCGAGGAUCAGAGUGCCAGGCGCCGGAAAAUGUCACCGCGCCAGUGGCGACAUCAUCUGGAGCGCCUGGAGUUUCUGUCCAAACCAAAUCAACCUGUUCUGGCCAAGACAAUGUGCUGCUGUUCCUAAAUCAAUCCAAAAAAAUUAACCCUAAGCUACAGAUUUUCCAACUGAAUUUCAUAUUCAGUUAAUUGAACUGUAGUAUAGGAUUAAUAAGUUUGGGUACAUUUGAAAUUUUACAGAUGGGUAAAAAACAAUUAAAAGAUAUAACGAAGAUAAUGUUUUUU